AUCGUACUCCUGGUUCUUGGGACACUGAUGGCCCUGACACGGGCGGCGAAAGAAGAGGAAGGAGCGGGAGUCGUGGAACCGGGCCCGGCAUCUUUGCGGACCAAAAGAGAGACAAAAGCCAUUGUGACACCUCAAGUCAAGAAACUCUUGAAAAUAAAGAAGAAGUAUGAGGACGGUGCCUACAGCGACCGGGGCGGCUUCAGUAGCGGCGGCGGCGGCGUUUACAACGGGCGUGAGUACGAAGGUUACCGCGGAGGUAACGGGCGCGGCAAUCUUUUCGCAGUCGUUCUCAGCAGCAGCAGCAGCAGCAGCAGCAGCGGUGGCAGUGGUAGCGGGUUCGGUAUUUUUUCUCUCGGAUGAUUUUGGGGAAAUAAAAAUACUACGAAUGAAAAAAAGAAAGCCAUGGAGCGUUCCCCACCUCGAGCCGUGGC